CAAAGCCCUACGCUUGCGCCCUACCCCUAAGCCCUCAUUUCUGCUCUUGGAAGGACAAGCCAUCUCCCUCCCAUCGGGAAUCGUCCCUAUCAUGGCCGACAUUACUGUGACAGGCCCGAAAGUUGAGGAGUCUAUCUCCUCUGACCUCCCCGUGCUCGCGACCGAGGAUGAUAGUCAUGUGGUCCCCAAACUGUCGCAUCCCCUCGAAGAAGAGGACGGCACUGUGUCGCCGCGGGCAUCCAAAAAGCGCCGUCUCGAGUCCGAACCCGCCGACCUCAUCUUGCCGCCACACCCCAGUGAAUUAACAGCAGAUCAAGUCCCCGGAAAUCAGAUUGAGCAGGAAUUGGCAUCUGCGCUGGGACCCAGUAUCGUGGACACAGUUGAACAUCCCGAGGGCACCCCGAGUCAAAUUGAUGGGACGGCAGCGGAAACCACAGUUGCGCCCGAGACAACGGCUGACAUCGAUCCCGACAUGGCCACCGUGAUCUCGAGCAUCAUGAACCAUGCCGAACGUGUGGAGGAACAAGUCGUGAUCGGUCAACAGCAGCUAGCGGAUACCGCAAGUCCGGCUCCGAAAGGCAUGGUGUUUGUCAAGGCCAACUCACAUCUAAAGAUUCAGAGUCUGCCGAUUCUAGACAAUCUGUCGACGCAGAUUUUAUCGUUGCUUGCCAAGUCUUCGUACCAAGAAAUCACCUCGUUCGUUUCCGAACCGGAAACUGAAAGUGGUCAAGCCUACGCUACCAUGCGAUCGUUGUUCGACCACACGAAAAAGGUUUAUUCGACCAAGAAGUCUUUCUUGUCCCCGACCGAAUUGGAGCUUACUGAGCCGUCGCAAAUCGACAUCAUUCGGAAGGCUAAUCUGGCGUCCUUCGUCUCGAGCAUCUUCGGCACUCAGGAGAUUGGAUUCUCUGAGCUCAACGACAACUUCCUUGAUGUAUUUGUCCCCGAAGGGGGGCGUCUACUCAAGGUGCAAGGCGCCUUGUUUCUGGAGCUCAAGACCCAGGCGUUCAUCGCGUCCAUGAACAAUUCAGAGCGGACCCGGACAGAGUUGCUGUUCGACCUCUUCCCAGAUGACCUGGAGCAACAGCUCUUGGACCGGCGCCCGGGAACGAGGCAGCUGGCUCCCAGCGAGGCAGACUUUGUUAAGCGCGCCGGAUCGCGCCGUGAGAUUCUCCUUAGCGACGUCAACAACGAGGAAGCCAUGAAGGCCUUGCCGGACAAAUACCACUGGGAGGACUUUCUUCGCGAUCUGAGCUCCUACAUCACCAAGAAUUUUGAUACGAUCAGCAACCAACAGACGAAAAAGAUCGCAAAGGGUCGCCAACCAUCCUCGUCGAAUGGAGAUUCCCAGGAACCACCCAGUGCACCCCUUCAGGGCCAGUUUCCGGUCUCAUCGCAGCCACCGGAUGUUCCAGUUGACCGAAACAUGCACGGCGAUCUUGUUGCUCGUGCAGCGCGCGCGGCGCAGAUUGCUCUCCAGGGCCAUGGCUUAAGGCGUUCACAACAGCAGCAGCAGCAACAGCAGCAGCAGCAACAGUACCAGCAACCGCAUCCCCAGCAAAAUCAACAGCAGUCACAUCAAAUACACCAACCGCAGCAGCACCAGCCGCAGCAGCACCACCAGCAACACACAAUUCACCAACCCCAGCAGAUGCAGCAGCAGCAGCCGCCUCCUCAGCACGCACAGCCACAGGGUGGCCAAAUCUUGCAUGGGUACUCUGCCGCCCAGCCGACGGGUCAGAUGCCUCAUCAGCAGACUCACCAGCAACCUUAUCAUCACAGUCCAGCGCCGUCUGGCUAUCAACACCCACCCAGCCAGCUUACAUUCCAGCCGAGCCCUCUGCAGGCUAAUUUCCAGCAGUACAGCCAUGUGACACCUGCAUCGAUUCCGCGACCGAACUCGGCUGCGGCCAAUCAUGGGUACAUGCCGGGAAUACCACACUAUUCUCAGUCGCAACCCACUCAGGUGCUAUAUGAGCGGGCUCGCAUGGCGGCCUCGGCCAAGUCAUCUCCGAGCAGCCGCAAAUCCGGCUUGCCGAGUCAGCGUCGUCCCUGGACAACUGAGGAGGAGAAUGCUUUGAUGGCAGGCUUGGAUCGUGUUAAGGGACCCCACUGGAGUCAGAUUCUCGCCAUGUUUGGCCCUGGAGGUACCAUAAGUGAGGCCUUGAAGGAUCGCAACCAGGUGCAACUCAAGGAUAAGGCGCGUAACUUGAAGCUUUUCUUCCUCAAGAGUGGCAUCGAGGUCCCCUACUAUCUGAAGUUUGUCACGGGUGAGCUGAAGACUCGUGCCCCGGCCCAGGCCGCCAAGCGGGAAGCCCGCGAGCGGCAGAAGAAGCAGGGCGAGGAAGACAAGGCCCAUGUGGAAGGUAUCAAGGGUAUGAUGGCACUUGCUGGCGCCCAUGCUCAGCCAGUUCCUAUGGGUCACGGUCACGAUGCCAUGUCUGCUUCCCCUGGACUGCCACAUGACCCCAAUGCUCAUUCAACAUUCGACCAGACGGCCGAACAGAACCUGAUGCAGACCCUUGGUCAAGAAGUGCAUGGAGAGUCCUUUGGGCAACCUCAGCAUCAUCAUCACCAGCAUCAGCAUCACCCUCAUGCGCACCAUCAGGAUCACGUCGAUCCCAACAUGCAUCUGGGUCAGUGAUGGGCUUCAUGCUUCAACUGGCAGGUGUUCUUCACGUCUCCACUUCGCCUCUUCCUCACUUUUCACGUAUUGUAUUCUUCGUCUUCGUCCUGCGUCGGUGGCUUUGAGCGGUUCCACAGCCUACAACAGUCUAUUUACUUGUGAAUCUCUUGGUGGGUGCAUAUGGGGUUUGAUGCAUAAAUUGCGAAUGGUAGCCGAAACUGUAGGAGUAAUUUGCGGAUUGUACCAUACAACAAUAACUGAUAAUCAUGUUUCUUCUGUCUUUCCCAAUC